AUGGAGGACGAAGGUGCAUCUCCUCGUGAACUGGUCGUUGAGGCUUGUCGUCGAGACCAGCCUCAUCUGAUUGAACAAGUCCUAAAGGGUAUGGAAGGGAAAUCGAACGAAGAAGUGGCCGAGUUCUUCAACGGCGUUACAGACUCAUUGGGGAACCACGCCCUUCAUAUUUGUGCUACAUAUGGCAGCGGUUACACGAUGGACUGUCUCUUUGAUAUCCAAUACUUUGAAUGCGACCCUCUGACCCGCCUCGACAAAGAUACCCCCCUACACACCGCUGUACGCUACGCCAACGAGAAGGAUCGUGAACUCGGACUGGAGAUGAUCGAGAUGAUGUGCGAAGCUGGCUGUGACCCACGAGUCAAGAAUAAGCAUGGUCAAAAGCCCGUGGACCUUGUUUACAACAACUCAGAGAUUAAGUCGAUUCUUCAGCAGACCGAAUACGUUCUUGCAGAGGGUCUCAGAGAUGCCCCGGACAAUGGUUCUGUUCAUGACAGCGCAAACGACCGGUCUCGCAACUUUCGCUUCCUCCACGGCACUGUAACCCAGCUAGACCAUACCGGCCGGAACGUUACUGUGAGUUUUCCCGCGAACGACACUACGGACACGAUCGAUUUUCACGCGCUUGUGAUUGCAACUGGUGCAUCAACGCCUUCUCCCCUUCUUGGUCUGAAUCAUGAUGUCGGGGACCUACGGGAAAAUUGGAUUGCGUUCCGGAAAGCCCUGUCAACUGCCAAGAGUAUCCUCAUCUCUGGCGGCGGUCCGGCCGGAGUAGAGACAGCGGGUGAACUUGGCGAGUAUUUGAAUGGCCGCGCUUGGUGGUUUCACUCCCAGUUGGCAAACCCUAAGGUACCGAUCACGGUCGUCACUUCUGGGCCACAGAUCCUCCCACUCUUGCGUCCUAGCCUCGCCAGCCUGGCAGAGCAGUACCUUGCCCAAGUAGGGGUGACCGUCAUCAAGAGUGCGCGAGUCCAAAAUGUGGCACCUACUGCCGACAGCAAAGAUGCCUUGACUGCUAAGACGACAGUGACCCUUGAGGAUGGGCAAGCUCUUGGAGCCGACCUGUACAUUCCCGCCACUGGCACACGGGCGAAUGCUGGAUUUAUUGACCGAUCUCUCCUGACACCUGAUGGCCGUGUUGACACCAAUCCCUCGACUUUACGGGUUGAUAAAGCCGGACCCCGUGUUUACGCGAUCGGUGAUGUUUCAUCAUGGGCACGACCGACUGUUCACUUCAUCGUCGAAGCUAUCCCGGUUCUCUGCGCGAAUAUGAAGCGCGACUUACUUCAUGCCGCUGGUGAGGAUGAGGGCUCUGCGGGUGAGGAUCGCUUGUUCAAGGAAGAUACCCGCGAGACCCAGUUAGUCCCAAUUGGCAAGAGCAAAGGUGUCGGGGCAGCUAUGGGGUAUCGAUUGCCGAGUUUCCUGGUAUGGUUAAUGAAGGGACGAGAUUACUGGUUGUGGACAACUGAGAAGCUGUGGAGUGGGAGGCAGUGGAGUAAGGAGCUGUGA